UCUUCUGUGCUACCGGUGUGCUGCGUUGCUUUAGUCACAAGACAUUACUCCGGUGUGCUACGUUGCUUUAGUCACAAGACAUUACUCCGGUGUGCUGCGUUGCUUUAGUCACAAGACAUUACUCCGGUGUGCUACGUUGCUUUAGUCACAAGACAUUACUCCGGUGUGCUACGUUGCUUUAGUCACAAGACAUUACUCCGGUGUGCUACGUUGCUUUAGUCACAAGACAUUACUCCGGUGUGCUGCGUUGCUUUAGUCACAAGACAUUACUCCGGUGUGCUACGUUGCUUUAGUCACAAGACAUUACUCCGGUGUGCUACGUUGCUUUAGUCACAAGACAUUACUCCGGUGUGCUACGUUGCUUUAGUCACAAGACAUUACUCCGGUGUGCUACGCUGCUUUAGUCUCAAGACAUUACUCCGGUGUGCUGCGUUGCUUUAGUAUAAACACUCGACCUACGCGUGAUUCUGUAGUCGUCUUGAAAGGAAAACCAUUUAGCCAUGUCCUGUGCUAUGAGAAGUCUGGUGGAGGAUGACGACAGAUACCUGAAGUCCUUCCAGCUGUUCCUGGAGCGCUCCUCUGAACACAAGUGCAUGCAGGACUUUAUCCAUGGCACCUUGCCUGACAUACUAGCCAGCAUUGGAGAGGGAAAAGCCCAUCUUAAUAUGAUGGGAGUUGGAAGUGGAGCAGGUGAGAUUGACCUUGAGAUGUUCUCUCAGCUGCAUCUGAAGCAUCCUGCAGUAACCGUGGACAACCAGGUGGUGGAACCCAGCGCCCAGCAGCUCCACCUCUAUAAAGUGUUGGUGUCCCAGAAACCAAACCUGGACUACAUUAAAUUCACUUGGAACAAGAUGACGGCCACUGAGUUUGAGAAGCACUGGAGAGAGAACCAUUUGACCAAGAAGAUGGACUUCAUUCACAUGAUACAGAUGUUGUAUUACGUGAAGGAUCCAGGUGCUACAGUCACAUUCUACCAGAGCCUCCUGGACAGGAAUGGAAAACUACUUGUAAUUCUGGUGUCUGAUGAGAGUGGCUGGGGAAAGCUGUGGAGGACAUUCAGGACCCAGCUGUGUAACACAGAGAUCAGUCAGUGUGUGACUACAGGUGAUAUUAAAGCCUACCUGGACUCGAAGACAACGAGUUACCAGAGCUACAAGCUGCCAUCUCAGAUGGACAUCACAGAGUGUUUCACUGAGGGGGACCAGAGAGGAGAACUGCUUCUAGACUUCCUGACUGAGGUGUUAGACUUCAGCUCCACUGCUCCUCCUGAGCUGAAGAGAGGAGUUCUUGACCUGCUGAUGACCCCAGACUGUAGCAAGGAGGUGGAUGGGAGGGUCAUCUUCAAUAACACUCUGGAGGUGCUGGUGGUUGACCCUCUACAGUAACACAGGAAUAGAUCUCAAAAUGCUGUAGCAACAAUGUGUAUCACUGAUAAACACUGAGUGAACAAAACAUUAGGAACACUUUCUCUUUCCAUGACAGACUGACCAGGUGGAAGCUAUGAUCCCUUAUUGAUGUUACUUGUUAAAUCCACUUCAAUCAGUGUAGAUGAAGGGGGGAGACAAGUUAAAGAAGGAUUUUUAAGCCUUGAGACAAUUGAGAAAUGUAUGUGUGCCAUUCAGAGGGUGAACGUGCAAGACAAAAGAUUUAAGUGCUUUUGAACAGGGAAUGGUAGUAGGUACCAGGUACACCGGUUCGUGUAAAGAACUGCAAUGCUGAUGGGUUAUUCACGUGUAUCAAGAAUGGUCCACCACCCAAAUGACAUCCAGCCAACUGCAGGAAGCAUUGGAGUCAACAUGGGCCAGCAUCCCUGUGGAACGCUUCGACACCUUGUAGAGUCUGUGCCCCGAUAAAUUGAGGCUGUUCUAUGGGGGUGCAACUAAUUAUUAGGAAGGUGUUCCUAAUGUUUGGUAUACUCAGUGUAUGCAUGGAAGGCUUGUUGUGGUAUUCAUAUGAUUACCUGAUUCCCGUCUGCCCACCAAGAUCCCACACCUGGAACUUCAGGUUCUUGUACAUCACUGUCUCCAUGUUGAAGCCGAUCGCUGUACAACACAAUGACUUUUGCUUCAAAAAACAGAGCACUCAAAACAUGAGCACAAUGGCAGCUCUUCCUUUGAAGAACUCCAGGCAUCAAGAGGGCAGAUAACCCAAAAACACGGGUGGAACUAAAAAAUUGAGCCAGGAUUUCUGGAGGGACUACUUUUACAUGCGCACCUGGCAGAUAAGCAUGGGUAAUUUAAUGUUUGGGCAUAGCUUUGCUUGGGUCCUCAACAUACAAACAGCUCAUUGUUCAACCCUAAAGACGCAACUGGUAUGUAAUGUUUGGAAUGAUUUAUUAUGUUGCAUCCAGUGCUUAGCACAAUUUACAUGUUUAACUCUGGUAGGAGUGGUGACUUCUUUGUUGUGGAUAUUCUCUGACUGCAGAAGUAAUUGCUAGAAGUGCUAGAUUAAAUUGUUUAAACGUUUACUUUAUUCAAAGCCAUGCUUUGUUGCUGUGUCAUGCAUUGUUUAGUGUAAAAUAAUGCAUGUUUAUUCUCUGUUUAAUGUUAUCAACCUAUUGCUAUUGCUAUUCCCAUUCCCUAUUCCUUAUUCCUCUGUCAUUCAACUACUCUAUUCAACAAGUCAACUGUUUCAACAUAUUCAACAAAUGGCAUCAAAAUCAUAAUAAAACACUGGAAAGGAA